GCCGCCGGUGGAAUCCGAUCGGAUCUUCUGCUAGUGGUCAAAUUUUGAGUUGCGAUUCUUGUUCGGAGAAGAAGAAAAUCUCGCCGGUUCCCUCCACUGAAACCCUAGGCCGAUCAGCGCAGAUUUUGCAGCCAUGGCGAGCACUAAGGUUCAGAGGAUUAUGACCCAACCCAUUAACCUGAUCUUCAGGUUUCUUCAAAGCAAAGCUCGUAUCCAGAUUUGGCUGUUUGAGCAGAAGGAUUUGAGAAUUGAAGGCCGAAUCAUUGGCUUUGAUGAGUACAUGAACUUGGUGUUGGAUGAUGCCGAGGAGGUCAAUGUCAAGAAGAAGAGCAGAAAGUCUCUAGGGAGGAUUCUUCUUAAAGGAGACAACAUUACCCUCAUGAUGAACACGGGAAAGUGAGCUACUACCACUUUGGACUGCCAUGUGUAGACGAUACGGGUGUGCAUGAAAGUGGAAGGCUGUCUGUUCGUCCGGGGUUCUUGUCGACGUUCCAUAGAAGACUAAUGAAAAAUACUCGAGACUGCUUUUGGGUUGGGUCUGUAUCGUAUGGCAAGUUGUAGUAGUUCAUGUGAUGAAAUGAUAUCCAACUCAUGAGAAAGUAAACAUCUAUGGUUUAACCUGUCAUUUCUUUAUCAAUAGCAAGUUGUAGUUGUCCUCUUUAACUCAUUCCAGUUUCAUUGUACUUCUUUAGUUUUCUGAAUGACCAUUACAACUUUGGUCAUAUAGCUGGGGGCUUGGGGCUAACCAAUGCUGCUGGGCUUUCAGCAUUCCGGGAUCAAGGCAAGGAUCUUCCUUCAAACCAUAUGAACCAUUGAUUGAACACUUCCACUAUUUGGCACUAAAGGUUUAGUACUUUAUUCAUCGUUCAUGUUCACAAGCUGUUGUUUCAUGCCGAUUAAAGGAGUAGAAGUGUGUUUGCCUGGGUAAAUGGUCAAUUUGUUCAUCGUUCGAGUUCACAAGCUGCUUUUCCAACUUUCAUGUCAAUCAAAGGAGCAAAAAGUG